AUGCUUCGUACCACAGCCGUCAAGGCCACCAGCAGCGGUUUGCUGCGUGGUCCGGCCUGCUCGGCCUGCAGGCGGUCCAUCUCCCUUACUUCCACUGCCAGAGCUACUGCCAGCCGUAGCUCGAAACUUGGCUUGACCACGAGGAGACCUCUCGCCAUUGUUGACCGUUUGUCCAACGGCAGGAGACACUAUGCUGCUGCUACUGAUGUGGGAGUGGAUCCCAAUGACAACUUCCUUUCCGGAAACACAGCCAACUACAUUGACGAGAUGUACCUGGCUUGGAAGAAGGACCCCUCCAGCGUGCACAUCUCGUGGCAGACAUAUUUUAAGAACAUGGAAGAAGGCAACAUGCCCAUCGCCCAAGCUUUUCAACCUCCUCCGACUCUUGUGCCUACUCCGACCGGUGGCGUUCCUCAGACCAUGCCUGGUGAGGGAUUGGGCCUGUCGGCUGGCACUGACCUGACAAAUCAUCUCAAGGUUCAGCUUUUGGUUCGCGCAUACCAGGCUCGUGGUCAUCACAAGGCCAAGAUCGAUCCCCUUGGCAUCCGCGGCGAAGCUGAGGCAUUCGGUUACAACAAGCCCAAGGAGCUUGAACUUGACCACUAUGGGUUUACUGAGCGCGAUCUUGACCAGGAGUUCACCCUCGGCCCUGGUAUUUUGCCUCGCUUCGCCACUGAGAGCCGCAAGAAGAUGACUCUGCGCGAGAUCAUCGCCACCUGCGAGAGGAUUUAUUGUGGCUCCUAUGGUGUGGAGUACAUUCACAUUCCUGAUCGUAAGCCCUGCGACUGGAUCCGUGAUCGCUUCGAAAUUCCUGAGCCCUACAAGUACUCGGUUGACGACAAGCGCCGUAUCCUUGACCGUCUGAUCUGGAGUCACAGCUUCGAGGCCUUCCUGGCCACCAAGUUCCCCAAUGACAAGCGUUUCGGUCUGGAGGGUUGCGAGACCCUUGUGCCUGGUAUGAAGGCGUUGAUUGACCGCAGCGUCGAGCACGGCAUCAAGGACAUUGUCAUUGGUAUGCCUCACCGUGGUCGUCUCAAUGUACUGUCCAACGUUGUUCGUAAGCCCAACGAGUCCAUCUUCAGUGAAUUCUCUGGAUCCGCCGAGCCUUCGGAUGAAGGUUCGGGUGAUGUCAAGUACCACCUGGGUAUGAACUUCGAACGUCCCACGCCCUCUGGUAAGCGUGUGCAGCUCUCGCUGGUCGCCAACCCCUCCCAUCUGGAAGCCGAGGACCCCGUUGUUCUUGGCAAGACGCGCUCUAUUCUGCACUACAACAAUGAUGAGAAGGACUUCAACAGCGCCAUGGGUGUUCUGCUGCACGGUGAUGCUGCCUUCGCCGGCCAGGGUGUCGUCUACGAGACCAUGGGCUUCCACUCUCUCCCCGCCUACUCGACCGGUGGUACUAUCCACAUCAUCGUGAACAACCAGAUUGGUUUCACUACCGACCCCCGUUACUCGCGUUCCACCCCGUACUGCUCGGAUAUCGCCAAGUCCAUCGACGCCCCUGUGUUCCACGUGAACGCUGAUGAUGUCGAGGCCGUGAACUACGUUUGUCAGGUUGCUGCCGACUGGCGUGCCGAGUUCAAGCGCGACGUCGUCAUUGACAUCGUCUGCUACCGUAAGCAGGGUCACAACGAAACCGACCAGCCCUCUUUCACUCAGCCCUUGAUGUACAAGCGCAUCGCCGAGCAGAAGGCUCAGCUUGACAAGUAUGUCGAGAAGCUGAUUGCUGAGGGCACCUUCACCAAAGAGGACAUUGACGAGCACAAAAAGUGGGUUUGGGGUAUGCUCAACGACAGCUUCGACCGCAGCAAGGAUUACCAGCCCACCGGCAAGGAAUGGCUGACCUCUGCUUGGAACGGCUUCAAGACUCCGAAGGAGCUGGCCACCGAGGUUCUGCCUCAUCUGCCUACCGCUGUUGAUGCUUCUUUGUUGAGCCACAUUGCCGACAAGAUUAGCGGCGCCCCCGAGGGCUUCACCGUCCACCGCAACCUCAAGCGUAUUUUGGCCAACCGCAAGAAGGCCGUUGAUGAGGGUAAGAACAUCGACUGGGCCACCGCGGAGGCCCUCGCCUUUGGUUCUCUGGUGAAAGAGGGCUACCAUGUCCGUGUUUCCGGUCAGGACGUUGAACGUGGUACCUUCUCCCAGCGUCACGCCGUUCUGCACGACCAGGAGAACGAGGCUACGUAUACCCCCUUGAAGCACAUCGCUGAGGAUCAGGGCAGCUUCGUCAUCUCCAACUCUUCCCUUAGCGAAUUCGGAGCCCUUGGUUUUGAAUACGGUUACUCUCUGACCUCCCCUAAUGCCCUGGUCAUGUGGGAGGCCCAGUUCGGUGACUUCGCCAAUAAUGCUCAGUGCAUUAUUGACCAGUUCAUCGCCUCUGGGGAGUCCAAGUGGCUGCAGCGCUCCGGUCUCGUUGUCUCCCUGCCUCACGGUUAUGAUGGCCAGGGUCCUGAGCACUCGUCGGGUAGAAUGGAGCGUUGGUUGCAGCUUUGCAACGAGGAACCUCGCCAGUUCCCCACUCAGGACAAGUUGGACCGUCAGCACCAGGACUGCAAUAUGCAGAUUGCCUACAUGACCUCUCCUGCCAAUCUUUUCCACAUCUUGCGUCGCCAAAUCCACCGCCAGUUCCGCAAGCCCCUCGUGAUCUUCUUCUCCAAGUCCCUCCUCCGUCAUCCUAUUGCUCGCUCCGAUAUCGAGGAAUUCACCGGUGACUCGCACUUCAGGUGGAUCAUCCCUGACCCGGCCCACGGUAGCACCAUUGACGAGCCCGAGAAGAUCGAGCGCGUCAUUUUGUGCAGUGGCCAGGUCUAUGCUACCUUGGUCAAGCACCGCGAAGCCAAUGGUAUCCGCAACACUGCCAUCACCCGUGUUGAGCAGCUGCACCCCUUCCCUUGGGCUCAGCUGAAGGAGAACCUGGACAGCUACCCUAACGCCAAGGACAUUGUCUGGGCUCAGGAAGAGCCUCUGAACGCCGGUGCUUGGAGUUACACCCAGCCCCGUAUUGAGACCCUGCUGAACGAGACUGAGCACCACAACCGUCGCCACGUCCUCUACGCUGGUCGGCCCCCAAGCGCCUCCGUCGCGACUGGUCUCAAGUCCGUCCACGCCAAGGAGGAACAGGACUUCCUUCAGGAAGCAUUCACUGUCCACCAGCAUCGUCUGAAGGGCGAGUAA